GUGUCAGGUUCAGCCCGUUCAGAGUGUCGCGCGCACGCCGGUCAUGGCGACGGUGUGUUCAUGUCCAUGAGGCGGGAAGCGCGAGCUCCUCACGCGGUUUGAAGCGAUCCCAAACUGCGAAAUUAACGAUGGCUGGCGUUUUUGACAUAGACCUCGACCAGCCAGAGGAAACGGUCUCCGAUGAUGAGCUGGAAGAGGCUCAGAUCAAUGACCUCAUGGAUCAGUGCAGUGGCUUCGAAUUUAACAUGGAUGACUGUGAGAAGAUCGAGAUAUCCGAGGAUAAUGUUAACCAAGGCACCGAGAACAUCUGCCCUGAAUGCUUUGAGCUGCUCCGAGUAUUGGGAAAAGGAGGAUACGGGAAGGUUUUCCAGGUGCGGAAAGUAAGCGGUGCAGCAACUGGAAAAAUCUUUGCAAUGAAAGUUCUGAAAAAGGCCAUGAUUGUACGCAAUGCCAAGGACACGGCGCAUACUAAAGCCGAGCGCAACAUCUUAGAAGAAGUCAAGCAUCCUUUCAUCGUUGAUCUGAUCUAUGCGUUUCAGACAGGCGGCAAGCUUUACCUCAUCCUUGAAUACUUAAGUGGUGGGGAGCUGUUCAUGCAGCUUGAACGAGAGGGGAUUUUCAUGGAGGACACAGCCUGCUUUUACUUGGCCGAAAUCUCAAUGGCUCUCGGACACCUGCAUCAGAAAGGCAUCAUCUACAGAGAUCUCAAACCUGAGAACAUCAUGCUCAAUAACCAAGGACAUGUAAAACUGACAGAUUUUGGACUGUGUAAGGAGUCGAUUCAUGACGGCACAGUGACCCAUACGUUCUGCGGCACUAUUGAGUACAUGGCUCCAGAGAUACUCAUGAGAAGUGGACACAAUCGGGCUGUUGACUGGUGGAGUCUUGGAGCUUUGAUGUAUGACAUGUUGACAGGAGCACCUCCCUUUACAGGAGAGAACCGUAAGAAAACCAUUGACAAAAUUCUUAAAUGCAAACUCAACCUCCCACCCUACCUCACACAAGAAGCCAGGGACCUACUUAAACGGCUACUGAAGAGAAAUGCCUCAUCUCGGCUUGGGGCUGGACCUGGAGAUGCAACAGAAGUACAGACUCAUCCCUUCUUCCGACAUGUUAAUUGGGAGGACCUUCUCGCACGAAAAGUAGAACCACCAUUUAAGCCUUUCCUGCAAUCUGCUGAGGAUGUGAGCCAGUUUGAUUCAAAGUUCACCAGCCAGCCUCCCGUUGACAGUCCUGAUGACUCUACACUGAGUGAAAGUGCAAAUCAGGUGUUUUUGGGAUUUACCUAUGUAGCUCCAUCUGUAUUGGAAAAUAUAAAGGAGAAGUUCUCAUUUGAGCCAAAAAUUCGAUCGCCUCGCAGGUUUUUGGGAAGCCCCAGAACACCAGUCAGCCCACUUAAAUUCUCAGGAGACUGUUGGCCACGGGGUCCCACUCUGCCUGAAGGCACGUCCCUCCAGUCCCCCACAGAGCUCGCUAUGGAAGUGUCUAACACGGAUCAGAUGGAUGUCACAGCUAGCGCUGAGGCCACUGCUCCUCUUCCCAUCAGACAGCCUGCUGGCUCCAACAUGGGCCAGUUUAAACAGCAAGCCUACCCAGUAAUCUCCAAACGGCCAGAGCAUCUACGUAUGAACCUAUGACCAUUAGUUCAACUUUGAGUUUUUCUUUGCUUUCCCUAUUUCUUUUAUAUGGACACAAGGGGCAAAGAAGGGUCCCCACCAUCACUACUUUUUUCCGCUAUAUACGGUUCUUCACAUCUGAUUAGCAUGCGUUUUUCAAUGAGUAUGAGAAACGGCUAUUGCUCCUCACAUCCCAAAACCGCAAGGUGGUUUCUUGGAUGAUUCCUGUAUUUACAUAUCAAACGGAUUAUCAGGAUUGGCCCUUCUUUUGGAUUAUCAACAUUUUUUACAUGGUUUUACCAUAAAAGGAACAUGAAAUAAAAAAAUAAAAAAAGACUUGACAAUGUUUGCAAAAGUGCAUAUUCAUGCACAUUGCAAGAUGAUCAAGUGAUUUUGAAGAGUUGCUUCCAUUGGAUGCUUUUGGUUUUAAAGUAUUUCCAAGUGAAGUUGAAUUGCUUUCCAACGUUAAUGAAUUGUACAAAUCAUUGUGGAUCAAGUUGAGAGAUGCAUCUGUGGGAUUUUCACAGCGCAGAGGUUCACAAACCUGACUUGAGUCUUAUACAUUUUUUAAACGUAUAUCCCACAGAGAUGUAUAGAUGAUGGAGAAACACACAAGCCUCAAUAAAAACCAAUAUGUUGA